UCAAUUUUUUCUAAAACUUUUUUCAUAAUUUUUUUCUCGCAUCGAUAAACGGUUAUUACGAAAUGCAACGUAUCCAUAAUCACAUUAUAUCAAACAUGUUAUUAAUAAUUGUCUUGUUUAUUAAAUUACACGGUAACGAAAUUGUGGCAGAAUCUUGGAAUACAACAGAACCCGAAAUUGAAAGAUUUAAACCUUGGAGACUUUAUGUUCCCAUACCUGUGAAGCGAGAGGUAAAAUGCGACGAAAGUAUAACUACAGUAAGUAAUGAAAAAAUGGAGUGUACAAAUCAAAUUAUCUUUGAGGAGACGUUUAACAAUCUAAACGAAUCGAUUUGGACUCGAGAAAUCAAAAUACCACAGGAGCCAGAUUUUGAAUUUUGCGUUUAUCGCAAUGACGGAAAUGAUGACGGAAUUGUAACAGUAAAUGAAAAUUCUUUACGGAUUACCCCACGAAUUCUAGAAGAAGCUUAUGGAGAUAAUUCUGUCUAUAUUGGAAAAAUGGUCCUCGCUAACUGUAGCAGUAAUGUUUUUGAAGAAUGUCAAAGGGAUGCUACUGCGUUUCAUAUUUUACAGCCCGUCAUUUCUAGUCGCUUGAUAACAAAAAAUUCCUUCAAUUUCCGAUAUGGGAAAAUAGAAAUCAAUGCUAAAUUUCCUCAGGGUGACUGGAUAUUUCCAGAAAUGUAUUUGCUUCCUCGAUACGAAAGCAAAGAUGACAAAUAUGCAUUUGCAAAAGUGAAUUUAGGAGUGGCCCGAGGUAACGAAAGAUUGUAUAAUGAAGACAACUUCUCUGAGGAAUUCGGCGGUAAACUUUUGGAAUAUGGAAUACGGUUUGGAAUAUCUGAAAAAUUACAACAUAAAAAUGUCACGAAAUUUAAACGUAAUGGUCCAUGGACAACGGAUUUUCAUAAAUACACAACCAUCUGGUCUGAAGAUGGAUUUUCGUUCUUUGUCGAUAGCACAGAAGUUGGGUUUCUUCGUUUUGAAGAUUUUGAUCAGUUCUCUACAAGGAAUGGAAGAGUCGCUCCAUUUGAUCAAGAGUUUUAUCUGUGUAUUGGACUUGGAGUGGGAGGACUUUACAUUUUUCCAGAUAACACAACCAAUGGAAAAUAUUCUAAACCUUGGAAAAACGUAGGAGCUAAGGCAAUGCUGAACUUCUGGAAGGCCAAAGAUCAGUGGCUACCAAGCUGGAAAAGACAAAGUCGAAUAGAAACAUCUUUUAAAGUGAAAUCAAUUAAAAUCUGGUCUGUUUGAAAGGCUUAGUAAUUUAUGUUAAAAACUUAAUUAUA